CCACCACCUAGCCCCUUCUCUCACUCUGGAUGCCCUUUCUCUCUCCCCUUCUGGCAGCUUUUUUUUUUUUUAAUUAUUCGAUAGGACAGAAAUUGAGAUAAAGAGAGGCAGAGAAAGAGAGACGCCUGUAGACCUGCUUCGCCACUUAUUAAGUGUCUCCUCUGCAGGUGGGGAGCGGGAGCUCAAUCCAGAGUAUCCUUACUCUAUGUGUGUUUAACUAGAUGCAACACAAUCGGGCCCCCUCUAUUUCCCUUCCUUUUCUUCAUCCUCCUACACCUUUAUUUCUUUUUUUUUAACUUUUUUUUAAAUUUUAUUUUAUUUAUUUAUUCCCUUUUGUUGCCCUUGUUGUUUUAUUGUUAUAAUUAUUAUUGUUGUUGUCAUUGUUGGAUAGGACAGAGAAAUGGAGAGAGGAGGGGAAGACAGAGAGGAGGAGAGAAAGAUAGACACCUGCAGACCUGCUUCACCACCUGUGAAGCGACUCCCCUGCAGGUGGGGAGCCGGGGUUCGAACCGGGAUCCUUAAUGCCGGUCCUUGUGCUUUGCGCCACCUGCGCUUAACCCGCUGCGCUACAGCCCAACUACCUUUUUUUAACUUUUUUAUCUUUACUUAUUUAUUGGAUAGAAACAGCCAGAAAUUGAGAGGAAGGAGGAGGUUGGGGUAGAGACGACUGCAAACUUGCCUCACCACUUGUGAAGCCUUCCCCCUACAGGUGGGGCCAGAGGCUCGAAUCCAGGUCCUUGCGCAUGUAACAUGUGCAUUCAACCAGGUGCGCCACCACCUGGCCCCCUCUAUCUUUCUUAUAUCUAAAUCUCUCUGUCCUAUCAGAUAAAUAAAGUUUAAAAAAAAAAAAAAAAAAGGAUUACAUAAAUCAGAGCCGCUCUAGCCCUUCAGGUGCCUUCUGGGAAAUGGAGGCCCCAUCUUUCCCCGCACAAAGGCUUCUGGGAGUUGUAGUUCGUGUCCGCUCUGCGCAGGCGCUACAGGGCUACUCCUUUGUGGAGGUCGCAGUCCUUUGCUGGAGACCCACCACUCUUCUGCGUUUCCACCCGGCUGGUGAUUGGCCUGUCAAUGUUCCUUGAGACUUGCCCGCUGACUCCUGGGGACUGAGCUCGAAGCCGCGGUCACCGGAGAAGUAUGGGUAGUGGGUGCAGCAAGGGGUGGGGUGCCCCAGCGGGGCACUUCUAAUCUCGCGCCCCCUGCAACCCCGGGCGCUCAGCCUCGUGGUCCCAGAGCCCCUGGAGCGGGACUUGCGUCCCGGGGCACCGCCUAGGGGCACCAUGGACACCUAUAGCGUGAAGCCCGAGGGCACAGGUCCACGUUCUCAGGACCCAGUGCUUCUCCUUGACAAGAAUCCAAAGGACACAGUGGGUCAGGACCUCCUGAAAGCCAAGUGCAAGGAACUGGUGACUUUCAAGGAUGUGGCUGUGGACUUCACUCGAGAGGAGUGGGGCCAGCUGGACUCCCCACAGAGGGCCCUGUAUUGCGAUGUGAUGUUGGAGAACUAUCAGAACCUUCUCGCUCUAGGGCCUCUGGUCUGCAAGCCAGAUGUCAUCUCUCACCUGGAACGAGGCGAGGAGCCAUGGCAUAUACCCAGGGGAGUCCCUGGAGGUCCACAUACAGAAUGGGGACCUAGACCCAAGAUGAAGGGAUCAUCUCAGCAGGAGAGCGUUUACCAAGAAGAGCCAUCACAGGAACCCUCGGCAGAGUGGCUAGCGAGGCCUGGUCUUCAUGGCUGCAGUCUAGCUACUGGGUGGUCCUUGGAAGGCCCAGUGGGGACUCUAUCCAGAGGCAAGACUGUGCUCUGGAGGCAAACACCUGACAGCUGUGGGGACAUUCCUUCAGAGAAGUGCUGUCAGAGACACAAUGCUUCUGAAGAAGAGCCUCCCUUGAAGUGUGUCGUCCUCACCCAGCAGAGCAUUUCUUCAAAAAGAGGCUCUCCUGAUAGGCAGAUGGAGAAGUCCCAACACAAAGAAGUGGUUACCAAGCCCCAGAGAACAUACACAAGGCAGAGCACAUGCAAAUCAACUAAACAUGAAAAACAUCCACCUGCCAACAGACCACAGAGUACUGACCCUGGGGGAAGUCUCUUUGUUUGCAGUGAGUGUGGCAAAGCCUUCCAUCAGAGUUCAUCCCUUACUCUACAUCAGCGCUGGCAUUCAAGAGAGAAAGCCUACAAGUGUAAGGAGUGCGGCAAGGCCUUCACUUGGAGCACUAACCUCAUUGAGCACCAAAGAAUCCACACAGGGGAGAAGCCCUUCUUCUGCGGUGAGUGUGGGAAAGCUUUCAGCUGUCACUCCUCACUUAAUGUGCAUCACAGAAUUCACACUGGCGAGAGACCCUACAAAUGCAAUGCCUGUGAGAAGGCUUUCAGCUGCAGCUCUCUGCUCAACAUGCAUCUCCGUGUCCACACUGGGGAGAAGCCAUACAAGUGCACAGAGUGUGGGAAGGCCUUUAACCAGAGGACUCACCUGACCCGGCACCACAGAAUCCACACGGGGGAGAAGCCCUAUAAGUGCAGUGAGUGUGGGAAGGCCUUCACUUGCCACUCAUCCCUGACUGUGCAUGAGAAAAUCCACAAUGGGGACAAACCAUUCAAAUGCAACGCGUGCGAGAAGUCCUUUAACAACCGUUCCCGCCUGACUCUCCAUCAAAGGAUCCACACGGGGGAGAAACCCUUCAAGUGUGGCGCCUGUGGGAAAGGCUUCAGCUGCCAUUCCUACCUCAUUGUGCACCAGCGGAUCCACACAGGGGAGAAACCCUUCAAGUGCAAUGAGUGUGGGAAGGCAUUUAGCUCCCACUCCUACCUCAUCGUGCACCAGCGGAUCCACACAGGGGAGAAGCCAUUUGACUGCAGUAAGUGCUGGAAGGCCUUCAGCUGUCAUUCAUCCCUCAUUGUGCACCAGAGGAUCCACACAGGGGAGAAACCCUAUAAAUGUAAUGAGUGUGGCAAAGCUUUCAGCCAAAACCAUUGCCUCAUCAAACACCAGAAAGUCCAUUCAGGGGAGAAGUCACUGAAAUGUAAGGAGUGUGGUGAGGUGUUCAUUUGGAGCAGCCACCUCAGAGAACACCAGAGAACACACAGCAAAGAGAAACCCUUUGACAUUCAGUUCAACAAGCACUUACUAAACACUUACUACAUGUCCAUGCCCAGCAGCUUGUUGGGAGCAGCAGACACAGGGGUGAGUGGUGUGGACCCAAUAAAUGCACUGGAUGUGGCAAAGCUCCUGUGUGUGGUUCAACCUUCAGCCAGCGGGAAUUUCUCCUUAGGUGCCAAACCUGGAAAUUAAUGUGGUGUUGCCACACAGUGGCCACUCCUCCCUCCCUCCCCACUGUGAGUAGAGGAAACACAAAAGCUGUAUGAAGGCCAUUGGCCUCCAGAUAGUAAGUGUGCCCUCCUGCCCCAUAACAUCUCCUACCUGAUAACACACCUCUAUGAGAAAGGGAUUGUCACCUCCCCUGAAAAGGACAUACUUCAGGGGAGGAGAGUUGAGGGCUAUUUGAGGUUGACCAGCCAUACUGUUUUCCUUGGUGGGCUUGGAAGUCACUGGCAAAAGAAUAGGUCUUUUCAGCAGAUUAAAAGGUAUGUCUGUUGUGCUCUCAGAUGGCAUCCUGCCAUGGUUCUGAUCAGGAAUUUCCUGUGAUGUGUUGUGUUUAGAGUCAUGCUACUAAUAAAACUGAAGAAUUGUGAAUAGUA